ACCCUCGUUGUUUAAGGCCGGGGAUGGGCAGGGAAAAUGCUCCCCGUGUGCCUGGAGGUGACCCCAAGUCUCUGGUUGCUGAAGCUUUUUGCUCCCCGCAGUGCAGCAGGCUUUCCCAAAGCAGCUGGACCCCCUUUGCCAUUGAAACCCGGGCUCGCCUCUCCCUCAAAGCUUUUGGAAACCCACCCAGGGGCAUCCCACAGCCCCACUCUCCUCCACAGGCACCUUCCUCCACUCCCCUUCCCAGAGACCCCCAGGAGCACCCACCCCACCAACCCCCAGCCCCCCCAUGCACAUGAGCACCCUGACCCCAUCCCUGGGUCCCCCCGAGCGGCUCCGCGUGCCCGAGCAUCCCCAGCGCCGCGGCCGGCGGGCACCGCGGCCGCACCACCUUGCGCCCACGCAGGUCAAGAAGCACAUUUUAGCUACAGAAAUCGGGUAUUUAAAAAUACUAAUUGUUUGAGAGGAGACAGGAGGAGAGACUUGGAGCAAAGGAUCGCAUCUUUCACGGCGACCACCUUGGGGCCGGGCUGGCUCCAGCAUUUGCCAUGUGAUUUCUGGUUCACUUUUGGGUUGAGGAAUGAACUCAGACAAAGCAGUUUUGUUGGCUUUGUGUCUCGCCCCGUCCUCCCCUCCACACACACUAUUGCCCCCUCUCUGCACCCUGUCUUCAUCUCUGUUACCAAAGAAGUUGCAAAACCAAAAACCCAACAACAAAAUCCCUCCUGGGAGGCAGCGUCAGAGCACGGAGAAGGAAAAUCCCACGGACCUGGUUGCAAAAUCCUGUGUGUAAGAAGGGGAAAACUCCCCAGCGAGCUCGAAAGGGAAAAAACAAACCCCAACAGAAUAACAACAGAAACCAAAACCAAGCAAGCUCAACGCAAAGACCGGCAACUUUACAAAAAGACAAGAUUGUUUUGUUUUGUGCCAAUUAACAACCUGCCUUAAACGCGCAAUUCUGGAGCAAUGGUACUAGCUUCGAAACGGUCGUUCCCUCCGAGCUCUCGAUGGUGACUUGUGCCAUAUGAAAAGCAAUCACGAGGCCAAACAGUUGCAAUCGGCCGUCGCCCCAGCCCUGCGGGCUCCCGGAGGGGCCGCGGGGAUGGGGAAGGGCUGGGAGAGGCUUGGGGAUGGAGGGGAAGGCCAGGUCCCCCCCUCCCACCCCCGUCACUUGGGGAAAAAGAAAAAUCCUCCAAAACCAACCAAAAAAAAUAAUGGAAUUCACUAUUGAAUGAAUCUAUGCGGGUAAAAUAGUACCAUCUGUGUUCUAGCGCUAUGGUUUCUUCGAUUCACUUUACUUUGAGAGUGAUCUGUUGUGUAAUAGGAAGGCACCUUGUUGAAAAGAAGGAAAAAAGGAGAAAAAAAAACUCGUGUACACCAAAAAAAAAAAAAAAAAAAAAAAAAAGCACCCCAAAAAUGAGGAAAGAAAGGACAAAAGAAUGAAAGAGAGAAAGAAAAAAGAAAAAAAAAAAACUUCAAGAGAAGCCCCGGCCCACCGUGCUCGCCAGUGGGGUUAGGGGACGACUUUUGGACAGUUUUACCAAAGAGCUGGUGGGGCAGGUGGGAGGGGAAGGGGGGCCGGAGCGGGCACGGCCCCCACAAACAGCCCCGAGCCAUUGCCAGAGGGAGAGGCUGGGCAAGAGGGAGGGUGAUGGAGAGGAGGAAGGGCCAGGAAGGGGCAGGUGCCAACCAGAAUCAAAAAGGAACAGCAAAGCGAAUCCCACCCCCAGCACCCCACUCCCCGCCACUGGUGUUCCCCUAAUGUUGUUUCUUCUUGUCUUGUCGUGACGUGGUGAUGAUGGGGGUGGCUUCCUGAACCCCAUCGGGUAGUAUUCAAGGGCUGAAAAGCCAGGAAGGGGGCCUUGGUUUGGGAAGUGAAAAACAUGCAGAAAAAAAAAAAAAAAAAAAAAAAAAAAAAAAAAACCAAAAAAAAAAAAAAAAAAAGUAAACGCCACAGGCCCUCAAGGAUGCAAAGACAUUUCUAGUGAGAACCCGAGAAUAAAGGCUACCUCACUUGAGUUUUCAAUUUUUGUGAUUUGAAAAUCACGUCUGAUACCAAAGAUUUUGUUGCCUUGUCUGGUCUGUGCUGGCAGCGCCGCUUUCCCUGUGCCCGUGCCCCGUGAGUCCCCAGAGAGCGAGAGAAGGCGAGCGAGCGUCCCCGGGAUGGCAGCGUGGUCGAUGAGUGCCUUUUUCUUGUACCAAAGAUUUCCAGCCGCAAUGGGAGCAGAUUGGUGGCCUCACCAUCCAGACGGGCUCCAUGCGAUGCAGCUUGCAGGAAAUCACUCCUUUCGAAUUGGACCAAACUUGGCCAAAAUUGUGAGCCUGGCCGGGACCCCCGCAGGGGCACCACGAGCCAGCCCCAGCCCCUGCAUGCCCCUGAGAUCAGGUCAGAGCAUCCACCCUUCGCCUCCCCCGUCCCCUUCCCCUCCGCACUAUUGCCUUGGCCAGAUCCUGCCCGACCCUGCUUCUACCUAACACCCACAUGGCUUGUGAUACCAAAGACGUUCUCUAUGCAGGAGAAAGCCUUCUUUUCCACCCAGCACAGACCUUACAAGCCUUUGACAAUGUUCUCUGAAAUACCUCAAAAUAUUUAAUGUAUAGUUUAUGUGAUAAAAAAAAAAAUUACUUAGCUAGUUUUUGGAAUUUGUGACUUGAAGCUUUAUACUGUUAAAUUAUAAUUUUGCAGAAGACGGCAUGUUCUUAUUUCUUUGAUGCGUUCAAUGGGAGACAUAUUGAAUGUUAAGGAAAUGAAAGCUGGAUAGUUUCACGAUGAAAAAAAGAGAGAGAGAAAGAGAGAGAGAAAGAGAGAGAGAAAGAUUAAAAAAGGACCCUUGGAGUUUACAGAUUUCGUAUUUAAACAAGUCCUUUUAAAAAAAAAAAGAAAAAAAAAAAGAAAAACUAAUAAUGAUGAUGAUACCUUUGCGUUCAGAUGUGUUACUUUUCUCUGAGUCAUGUCGUACAAGAGUAUUUAUUAUAUGUGUUCUGUGUUCAAAUGUAAUUUAAAGAAGACAAAAAAAGACAAAAAAAAAAAGACAAGAUGAGAAUUUGAUUUAUGCAUGAAAAAAUAUACUCUUUCUUGAAGUAAUGUAAUAAUUAUUCGGGGAGGGGUGGUCGGGUGGGUGCGGGAGGGGACAAACUGCUUUUUUUUGUCCACGAUUUUGGGUUGAUUAGAACUUCUCUGCAUGGAUCACCUUAUUUUUUUAUUAUUAUUAUUAUUUUCAAAAUCACGCAAUCACGGGAGAGUCAUCCUUUACCCCCUCGUUGGUUUGCUCACCUCGUUUCUUCCUUUUCCUUUCUCUGCCCAUCGCGUUGCCCCAGCAGAGGGGCUCUGGGGGCAUGGGGGGAUACAGCCCUGUGCCUGUGCGUACCCCGGUCUGGGUACAGGCGUCUGGGGCACGGGACCCCCGCUGUGCACCCACCUGUCCACCCGCGCCAAACCAACCCGCCAGGUCCCGCGCCUCUCGGGUUUGGGGCUUUUUUUUGUGCUUUAUCCAGAUCUGUGUGUCAAACCCCAAGUGUCUUCGUGCAGAAGAGAGACAGAGACAAUCAGCCGCCACCACCUGAGUUCGUGAAGCCCCAGGCUCCUCGUGUGCUCUGAGACAAGGGAAGUGGUCCCGGUGCCCCAACACUGCCCUCCUCCCUGUGCUGGGACCCUCUGGGCACUGGAAGCUUUUCCUGUUGAGGGUGACAAGGUGCUGGAUCGGGCUGCCCAGAGAAGCUGUGGAUGCCCUGUCCCCGGAGGUGUUCAAGGGAUGAGGCUCUGGGCAGCCCAGGCUGGUGAAGGAUGUCCCUGCACAUGGCAGGGGUGGGACUGGCUGAUCUUCAAGGGUCCCUUCCACACCAAACCGUGCUGUGCUUCUGUGAUCGCCCCAAGUCGCGGUCCCUUGGAGUGGCCUUGAAGACCUGCCUCCAUCCUUGCCCUCCAUGGGAAGAGGCACUGGAGGUGGUGCUGCGUCAAUGUCAACCUGCCCCAGAGAUGGACUGGAGCAACCUGUUUCCGAUGGAUUUCUACCCAAGGAUGUGUUUGGGUCAGUGGCACCAUCCAGCUCAUGGCAUCUGCCCCUGUGAGGCUCUCCCAUGCCAUCUGGCCUGGCCCCAGCCCUUCACAGAGACACCUUCUCCAACUGAAGGGGUACGAAGAAGAUUCUGGCCAGAAGAAGUGGUCCUGGAGGACCUCAUCCCACCAGCAGGUUUCAGAGGACAUUGGGAGGGCCCCCUGCCUGCCCUGGGGAGCUCUCCCCGAUGUCCUUCUGAACUGGCUGCAUCCCCCGCUCCUCUUCUUCCUUAAAGACAGGAGGAGAGUAGGAGCGAGGAAUCGUGUCUUUGGGGGACAGGAAGAUGAUGGGGCCUGGAGGAAGCAAUGUUUCCGCUUUCCCAACAUGACAACAGCAUUUACUUGAAAAUGGUGAUUCUUCAGUCCCCGUCUGCCUCUUUACUUCUCCAUCCUUCACCUCUGUCACCAGAUGCGGCUCCAAAGCUCAGCCCACUGAGAGGAACGAGAUCUCAGCUUCCUUGGGCCCCACCAAUGUGGCCCUCAAAGGCAUAGUAGGCUUUUUAUCUGCACUUAAAGCAGUGUCCCUGCAGCCUUCACCUUCUUUGUGGCUGGCACUAAGCAAGAUGCUCCGUACCGGAUGGAGGAGGGACCGACAGGACUCACUGACCAAAGAUCUGGGCUUUAGGAGGAGACAUGGUUUCUUCCAGCAGCACCAUCCAUCUACCAAACAUCCCUUCUCCCAUCCUCUGGGGAGCUCGGCAUCCCCUUAGCCCCAGCUCUUCCUGCAAGACCUCUACCAGGGAGAGAAGCUUUGGUGUUUGGCGACCAAGACCUUGCUUCCACCCACAAGAAGCUCUCACCAAGGUUGGUGUAACCCACAGCCACGAGUCCUCGGCCCCUGCAGAGACCAGCGGGUUUCCACCUCUGGGCAUGAACCGAGUGGCUCCGGAAACCCCGGAGGAGCUGAGCACUGAGCAUUGUCCUUGUCCUUCAGCCCACCAGGACUCACUGGACCAAAGCUUUGCCCCACAUGGGAUCAAGCCUUGCCUGCUGCCCACACCUACCAAAAAUGCCUUGAGGAGCAACUUGCCACGAUACCAAAGAUUUUUUUUUCCCCUGCAGGUAACGACAAUCCAAAUUCUGUCCUAAAGACAAUUCUCUGGACCAGGGUUGCCCCAAAAGGCAUUUUUGUGCUGUGGGGAACAGGAGCAGAACCAUGGCCCCAUGGGGCACCUCAGAGGACAACGAGAACAGCUCCUGCCUGGUGGGGACCACUGGGGAGCAAAGCCUGGGGCUCCAGCUGCUGAUGGAGGGCAAGGAAGAGGAGGGAGUCCGGGACCUCCUGCCCCACCAAGCCCCGUGGUUCAGUCCGGCCAUCGUGCCCUAUUCCACUUGUGGAAGUUUUCAGGGAUUGGGGGCAUUUCAUUACUUGUGAAGCCUCAGGCUGGUUUUCCCCUUUGGUCUUCACUGUUGGCUUUUGCAUGUGCCAAAAACAAAUAAAUAAAUCACUAAAUUCACAGCAGUGCAGCAACGUCUCCAGGCUCACUGGAAGGAGCACAGGGCUCAUGGGGCCUCAAAGCUGGGCUUUAGGCAUAGAUAUUCCAUUAUAACACAGCCAGAGCUGAGCUUUCCCAGCUCUAACGAUGGCUCUGAUGAUGGGACACCAGCACAGAGUGGGACAGCAGCUCGCACUUCUCCAUGCCAAGCCUGGGAGCAUCGGAGUGAGGUCGUUUUUUGCAAAGCCUCUUCCUGAACAGAGCUGAAACCCAUGGGCACGUCCAGCCCUGGGUCUGAUCGGGAGGGCGAUGGGGACAGUGUGCAGCCAAGAGCAGCCGAGCCUCUCUGGCCAAUUCCCAGGUGCAAACCCCGGGUGUGUGCUGGGUGUGCUUUUGGAGAAGGCUACACCAAAGCAGCCCAGGGCUGUGGGAACAUCAGCACCGUGCAUCCCCGGUGUUAAAUUUGCUCCUUUUCCCUUGUCUCAGAGGACACCUGCAGCAAAAGAGACGCUGGAGUUGGGGCUGGGGCUGGAUGUAUGGAUGCUUCAGUUCCUUUUGCAUAUUCCAUAGUUCAUGGUUUUUAAAGAGAGGAAAUUAAAAAUGCAAAGAAAAACAAAUCUUUUUCUUUUAUUUUUCCUUUCCACCUCUUAAAUUUCUAAAGGAAAACAAGAAGUCAAGCUGAAUUAAUCCUGGCCAGGAAGAACCCGCAGUGCCGGGCUUGCCAGUCCAGCCACCUCGAGAAAGCAUUGCUCAUUUUUCUGCAUAGCAAUAGGCAACGCUCGCCCCAUCCCAUGUGGUCUGGGGGCUGCAUUCCUGAGUUUUUGUAUGACUUUUUCCUUCUAACUAAAUUGGAUUUAUUUUUUUUAUUUUUUUUGCUGCUGCUUCAUUGUUAAUCUCAUGGGAUAGGUUUUACUCUACAGCAAAAUGCAAUUGUUACUCCUCUGUGUCUUGCAAUUAUAUUUGUUUAAGCUAUUUACAAAUGCUAAAAAAGAAAAAAAAAAAAAAGUUAAAAAAAAAAAAAAGUCUUAUGUGUCAGGCACUUUAUCCAAACUGUGCUGUGUGCUCUGGAGUUUGUUCCUUGUUCUUUGCAAUGACUCAUGCAGGGGGAAUUACCAGGAAACUUAACUCCAGCCUGUCAACAGGUUUUAAAAGAGAAAAAAAAUCUCUAUUUGUUCAUCCUCUACUGGUCAUGACUGUGUUGUAUUUCUGCAGCUUUCUGUUUCUUCAAUAAAUUAUUUUCUAGUCAUUCA